AUCAGGCAAGAUAAUACUGAGCAGCAGCACCGAAUCUGCAGGACAAAAUGAGCCUUUGCUUUAAAUAUCCAAGAGACAAAUGGAGGUCUUUCCAUCGUCCCACUGCAGCAAGCAAAGCCAACACUGGGCAACCCUCUAAAAUGUUUAUUUGGACCAGUGGCCGGAGCUCUACAUCUUACAGACAUGAUGAGAAAAGGGAUCACGAUCUACUGGACAAAAGGAAAACAGUCACAGCCCUAAAAGCUGGAGAAGACCGGGCCAUACUCCUCGGGCUGGCCAUGAUGGUGUGCUCUAUCAUGAUGUACUUUCUCCUGGGAAUCACCCUGCUGCGGUCUUACAUGCAAAGUGUCUGGACAGAAGAGGCUCAGUGCUCGCUUCUCAAUGCAUCCAUCACAGAAACCUUCAACUGCUCAUUUAGCUGCGGUCCAGACUGCUGGAAGAUCUCUCAGUACCCCUGCCUCCAGGUGUACGUUAAUCUCACCUCUUCUGGCCAGAAGCUUCUGCUCUACCACACCGAGGAAACAAUGAAAAUUAAUUCUGAGUGUUCAUACAUACCCAAGUGCGGCAAGAAUUAUGAGGAAUCCAUGUCGCUGGUGAACGUCGUGAUGGAAAACUUCAGAAAGUACCAACGCUUCUCCUGUUUCUACGACCCCGAAGGCGUUCAGAAGAACGUGAUAUUAACCAAACUGUACAACUCCAACGUGCUGUUCCACUCCCUCGUCUGGCCCACUUGCAUGAUGAUCGGCGGGGUCGCCAUUGUGGCGAUGGUAAAGCUGACUCAAUACCUUUCCCUCCUCUGUGAGAGAAUCCAAAGGAUCAACAGAUAAAAGCGAAAACUUCUCUGAGAUUUAAUUACAGCGAAAAUACUGUUUUCUCAUUCUUCACCAAAGAACCUUAAGUUUGUAACGUGCAAGUCUGUUUUAAGUUCCUUACUAUAUUCUUAUGAGUAGAGCAAUAAUGCAAAAGCUGUUCUAUAUGCAAACAUGAUGUUAUAAUUAUGCAGACAACUGAAAAAAAUACUGUUUUGUGUUGACCGUCUAUAUGAUCUUGUUUUAUGCUGAGACUAGUCCUUCUUUCUUUUCUACAGCCAAAAUAGGGCUCAGUGUGACCAUUUGCCAAGCUUAGUCAAUUGACAUUUUCAACGUAAAGGAUUCAGGGGGAAAUUCACUGCCGGACAAAGGGCAGCCAACCACUUGCGCAUCACUGAGGUCUCACAUCUGGCUCGGUCCUUCGAUGGAUUUGUGGCUUUGCUUUUUUAUUAUUGGCUGCAGGGGAAAAAAAAAGCAUCGAUAGGGUAUUUUUAUGGUAAGAUGGCACAAAAGGGAUGUGUUUUGAGGCCUGGAUAAGCAUGCAGUAUUUUCAGCCUAAGUAGAACUUGGUGAUGCUUUGUGUUUGCUCCCCCAGUUCGGAAGUAAUUUUUACCCUAUGGUGUUUAAGGUCUUUUGGAAAACACUUUGGAGUUUUAUUUUAUUUAGUGCUAUAAUUUCCUUCUGUCUUAUCAACAUCAUCUUUGCCACUUGCAGAAGCUGCAGCCAAAAAACAAAAAACACCUUGUUCCAUUUUCUAUUCUAGUCUGUGCCCUAUUGAUGGAGAUGGGACCAGAACACCUUAUAUAAAGGUUUAUUACUCAUUUGUCUUGUAUUUGCUACCAUAUCACUGUAAAGAAAAAAAUAACACAAUCAGCUAUUUUUUCAUUUUUUACUUCCAACUGUUUUAGAUUUUUUUACUUGAUAUAUAUACAGAUAUAUAUAUAUAUAUAAAGAAAAAGCUAUAUUAUAUCUAGUUGUGUAUUGGAACUUGAUUAUGGGGGUUUUUUUUCUUUGUUUUUACCAACUGGAAAGUGAACAGUGUAAGUCAUGUAUUUAUAACCUUCUUCCUUGGAUAAUAUCAUAACAUGGAGGAGCAGCACUGCAGGAUCUUAUCCAAUAUUCAUAAUGUUGUUUCAGUCAAAGGUCUCUGUUGCCGUGACAUCAGAAUUGACAAAAAUCUCAUCCAAUUCUAUGGCUCUAUUAACUGAAUUGUUAGAUAAUCGCCAUAAUACAUCUGGAAAUCUCUCCUGACCUUAACUCAGUAUGCAGUGCU